AUGAAUGUAAACAAGCAGCAAAAAACUGUGGAAGCUACUGAAAAUUUUCCUGAUGGAUCGAUUACAAGAAUCAUUUUCAAAAAUUUCCUGACUUACGAAUAUAUGGAUAUAUUUCCUGGUCCAAAUUUGAAUGUUAUUAUUGGACCAAAUGGGACAGGUAAAAGCACAAUUAUGUGUGGUUUAUGUCUAGCAGUUGGUGGUACUCCGCGAUUAUUGGGACGUUCCGAACUGUUAGCUGAUUAUAUCAAGCAUGGUUUGGAGAAAGGAUCUGUUAAAGUUUUCAUUCGUGAUUCAAAGCUUGGAAAGGAUCGGACAUUAUCGAUUGUUUUGCAUCGAUCCGGCUGUUCUGAUUAUUUUGUUGAUGAUGAGAAAGUAACGCAAACAAAAUUGCGUGAUAUUGUUGAAAGCUAUAAUAUCCAGAUUGAUAAUCCAUGUACAUUCCUCGCGCAGGAUAAAGUGAAGAGUUUCGCGGAACAAAAAUCAUACGGUCUUCUUAAAAACACAGAAAAAGCUGUUGGGAAGAAACUGGUCGACUUACACAAGAGCAUUUAUCACAUGCGAUUUACUCAUUCACCUUUUUCACAUACGAAAUACUUGGAAGAGCGUUUAAACUCCGUGCAAAGUGAGUUGAAAACGCUGGUUCCUCUAAUUGAAAAUUACCGGCGACGUGAAACAAUGCGAGAGCGUAUUCGACUUCUGCAAUGCAAACAACUUUAUCUCGAGUAUUUGGAGGCAGAGAUGGUCGCUCAUGAAAGAAUUCAUUAUAAGCGGAUGAAAGAGCAGGAACUUGAAGAGACGAAGAAAGCAAUGUUACCUAUCAAAAAUCUCUUGGAACAACAAAAAAUUGUCAAUGAAAAGUAUAAACGCGAAGAAAGGAAUGCCAUGGAUGGAUUGUUGACAGUACAAAAGGAAACGGAAAAACUACUUGCUAUUGAAUCAGUGGAUGAAUCGGUAUUGAGUGCGAAAAAAGAUUAUGAACAGGCUAAAAAAGAGUAUGAUGAGUGGGAGGAAAAACUAAGUGCCGCACGAACAGAACACAAUCUUUUGGAAGAGAAACUUGCUGUUGCGGAGCGGGAAUUUAUGUCCAUGGAGAACGAAAAUUCGGCAAUCAAGAAAGAAUAUUUGGAGUGGAAUAUAAAAGAAGAAGAGUUGGAUAAGCAAAAAUCAGUAUUGAGCAACAAAAUUGGUGAAAUCGAUUCUAAAAUACGAACUGUUAUGGAAGCGAUUGAUGCUGAUCAGCAGUCAUUUCGGAAGAAGUUUGUUGUUUUGAAAGGAAAUGGUAGGGAGAUGAAAUGUGGCGAAGCAUGGCAGUGGUAUGAAUCGCAAAAAGAAAAAUUUCGGCACCCGGUUUUUGUGCCUUUGUUAUUUAUGUCUUUGGUCAGUGAUGAUGCCGCAGUUUAUUUAGAAAAUAUCAUUGCGCAUCGUGAUUUAUUAAUGUUUAUAUUUCGUUGCAAAGAAGAUGAAUUAUUGUUGACGGAUAAACGACACCCAUGGAAAAUUAAUUCAUGUAUCAUAAGCGAUAACGAGAUAGCGCACUUUCAAAAACAAGAAGCGAUGCCUGCACACUUAUGUUCCCUCGGAUUCACUUACAUGGCAUCAAAUCUCUAUACUGCACCUGACCCCGUAAAAGCAUAUUUAAACAGUGUUGCAUCGUUACAUAAAAUCCCCAUUGGUACCCAAAUGACAGAAAGCCGCUUGGAUGAAGUUUGCGAAGCACUCAAAAAUUCCCAUCGUUUAUUUCUGACGAAUUCAUUACGGGUGCGAAUCUCUAUAUCUCGCUACAGCGGUAAUUUGUCAGUCCGAACAGAAGCGUUACGUACUUCCUUACGACUUCUUGUUGUUCACACUGCUGUACCUAAAAGUAAUGCACGAAGUCUCAGUGAGUUGGAAAAACAAUUAGCAAAGCUUAAGGAACUCGCAAAUGAGAUGCGACUGGCUCGUGAGAAUAUUGGACAAACAGAAAAAAAUAUCGCGCAGGGGCGAGAAAGAUGUCGUAGAAAGAUGGAUGUAAUUAUCAAAAAGAGGGAUGCGCGAAACAUCAUUUCAAAUCAACUGCGUUCGAGAGCUGCAAGGGUGCAAGCCAUUGAAAAUGAUAAACCCGAUUUGAAUGUUGCUGCACAAAACUUCCAAAAAGUUAAGAAUGAAAUCAUUACAAAGUCGUUUGAGCGAGCUGAAAAGAUUGCGAAAUUAAUGGCAAGGAAAAAAUUACUCAUUCAGAAUGCAUUAUUUGCAACAUUAAGUGCGAAAAAGGUGCUAAAAGACUUGGAUACAUUGCAGAAACGAUUGAACCACUUUGAGGAGGAAUAUGAAUCUAAAUCGGAUGCAAUCAGACAUACUGAAAUAACCGUUAAAUUGGCAAUGCAAAGAGUACGAGAAGACAAGCGACGAUUGUAUGAAUCAGUCGGUAUUGAGGAUUCAUCUGCAAGCGAAGCGGCUGAAGCAUUAGAAAUUUUGAAAGCGGGCUUUGAUUUCCACGCAAUUCCGAACACUAAGGAAGAGAUACAAAUCGAAAUGGCACGUGAGCAGGGAAAAUUGGAUGCAUUACAUAGUGAAGGAGAGAAAAAAGAUAUUGAACGUUUCGAAAAACUAACACGGAAAAGAGAAUCUCUCAUUAAAGAAACAACUGCUAGGAAGAAAGACGUCGAUGAAUGGGAAAAUAAGCUCAAUGGCUCGUUGGAACAGUGGCUGCUUCAAUUGGAAAGUGUUGUUGGAAAAUUGAAUCAACACUUUAGUUCAUUUUUUGAAAAUAUGGGAUGUUCUGGGGAAGUUCAUCUUCAGAAACCUGACGAUAAGCUGGAUAUUCUAAAGUAUGGCAUCAUAGUAACUGCCAAAUUUCGGGAAGGUGAGAGACUUCGACAAUUAACGCAUCAGACACAGUCAGGCGGUGAACGUAGUGUGAUCACAAUGCUAUACAUCUUGGCAUUGCAAAAGCUAACCAUAGUGCCUUUUCGUUGUGUCGAUGAAAUCAAUCAAGGAAUGGAUCCAAAAAAUGAAAAGAUUGUAUUCAAUAUGAUUGUAGAUAUGCUUUCCAAAGAUAAUGAUUUAACAAAAACGCAGUAUUUUAUACUUACUCCUAAACUAGUGCCUGAUCUCAAAUUUAAUCAAAAAACGAAAAUUCAUUGCAUUUACAGUGGCGGAAAGCUUACUAAGCGUAACAGUUGGAGUGUUUCGGGAUUUCUUGAUAGUAUACGCAAUCGGCAAAUAAUUAUAGAUUCAUAG